CCUCAUCUCACCUCUUCCUCCUCGACACAGACUAGACUUGCAGCCAUGUCUGUCGCUCGAUUUGCGCAAAGGACCUACGUCAAUGCGCUGCCCACCACAGCAGCAGCAUGGAACGGCACCCCGCUCGCCCGCGGCGUCAACUUCGACGCUCGAGCUCCUGCUGACCCUCAUGCUCACGAGGAAGGCUCUCACGGCCCGGCGCCCCGCGGCGAUGUCCAGUCCAUCCCGCGAUGGUCGAACAAGACGUCCCUUCUUUCGGGGUCGCUGACCAGCCGCACAAAUGUCAACUCCCUCCCUAGCCGCUCCGAGCAGCCUCGAUUCCUCAGCACCUCGGCCCGCGCUCUCCAGGCCUCGCCCAACGACAGCACUGUCCCCGACUUCAGCCACUACCGCACGGGCAACACUGACCAGAACAAGGCUGCUCACUACUUUGCCAUUGGUUCCAUGGGCCUCGUCGCGGCAGCAGGCGCCAAGGCGACCGUUACGGACUUCCUUGCCUCGAUGUCAGCUUCAGCAGACGUUCUUGCCCUGGCCAAGGUCGAGGUCGAAAUGAACAACAUCCCCGAGGGCAAGAACCUCGUCAUCAAGUGGCGCGGCAAGCCCGUCUUCGUCCGCCACCGCACGCAAGACGACAUUGACGAUGCUCGUUCCUCUUCCCUCGACGUCUCCAAGCUGCGCGACCCGCAGAAGGACGAGGAGAGGGUCAAGCGCCCCGAGUGGCUUGUACUGCUGGGCGUCUGCACCCACUUGGGAUGCGUACCUAUUGGAGAGGCGGGUGACUACAAUGGGUGGUUCUGCCCUUGCCAUGGAUCCCACUACGACUCGAGUGGACGCGCGAGGAAGGGACCGGCGCCGUUGAACUUGGAGGUGCCGGAGUACGACUUCAACGAUGACGAGGGCAAGAUCAUCAUCGGUUAAGCAGAGAUGGUACUCGGAGAUGGGCGAACGUUGGUGAACGUGUUGGGUCAGCGCUGCGAGCGCUGCUUGUGUCUCUAGAAGUAGGAAUAUCAGACCUUCUAACGCAGUACGAAGUGCGCGCCUGACGGAUUAGAGUGGGAUUACAUCGAGGGGGGAAGUGAACCAGCCACAGUGGCAGACUGGACGCUCGCACGGGGACGGGGGGCAAUGAAGUGCAUUCAACUUGCUCAAAGAGGGCAUUCCAUUGCACGGAGCAUUUAUGAGGACAAUCGUAAGGGGCGAGAGACCAUGCAGCUCUAGUGGCUGUUCUGAGGGGUACAGGCUGUUGCAGCUAAGCACGAGUUGGCGCUGAGCUGGUCUCUCCAGCAUCAGCCUGGGUCGUUCUUGACUUGGUGCCAGACUGCGACCUUCUCGCCUUAGAAAGACAGCUGCCUUUGCCGCUGCUGAGUCUGACUGACAAGCU